UCAGUUGUUGCCUGGACUCCUCUGCUCCGUCUCCCCCUCCUCAUCUACCUCCUUAUCUCCUCACUGGUCGUCCAGCAGGGACACUUUACGAGCUUUUGGGGGUAGCAACGCCCAAGAGGACCGGCAGUGAUCCAGCAGGAGAGAAACACCCUGAAAACUGGAUCUGAAGAGGAAGCACCAAGGCCAUGAUCGACUGGCCCAAUGUGACAGAGUCCAGCUAUGAGGAGCUGGGCCUGAAACCUGAGGAGCUGCAGAGAUCCAAAUGUGUCCUUGGCUUCAUUCCCGUCAUUUACUACAGUGUUCUGCUUUGUGUGGGAGUACCAGUGAACAUCCUCACAGCGGUGGCUUUGUGCAGACUGGCGUCCCGCACCAAGAAGGCUCUAUACUACUACCUUCUAGCAGUGACAGGCUCAGAUAUUCUCUCCCAGCUCUUCAUUAUCUUCGUUGGCUUCCUUCUAGAGACGGCUGUUUUCCACCGCGACGUCCCUAAGGUCCUGUUGCACGUGGUCAGUGCAGCAGAGUUUGCUGCCAACCACGCCUCCAUCUGGUCCACCGUACCUCUAACUGUGGACCGGUAUGUGGCACUGUGCCAACCUUUGCUCCACCGACAGAUCAGCUACCCAGCACGGGCCAGGAAGAUCAUCACAGCGGUGCUGGUGUUGUCGCUCGGAUCGGGCGUGCCUUUCUUCUGGUGGUCGGACGUGUGGAGGGACAGCCACCCUCCCACCGCACUGGAUGGCGUCCUCAUAUGGACACAUGUGACCAUCAUCUACUUCCUACCCUGCAGCAUCUUCUUGGUGCUGAACUCUUUAAUAAUCCAUACACUGAGGAUAAGGCAGAAGAAGCAGCCCUGCCAGGAGGAGCGUGGGCCUCCACGCCGUUUAGGAAAAACCACUGCCAUGCUGCUGGCCCUCACCUCCAUGUUCUCAGUUCUGUGGGCUCCCCGAACUGUCGUAGUCAUCUACCACCUGUAUGUGUCCUCAGUUCACCAGAACUGGCGUGUCCACCUGGCCUACGACCUGUCCAAUAUGCUGGCCAUGCUCAACACGGCUGUCAACUUUUUCCUGUACUGCUUUGUCAGCAGGCCUUUCCGCAGCGCCGUGCGGGACAUUGUGCUCCUCAGAGGUGGUCCUCUCCACCCUCGCCGGGCUCUGCCCCAGCAGCAGGCCCCCACCAACGCCUCCAUCUCCUCUUUGUACAGUGGGAACAACAAGCGCUCUCAGCGGGACUCCACCCCUUUGUCACCUCGCAGGAACAAAAAGCCCUCGUGACCCCGUGCUUCUACCCAUUAAUCCAAAACACCCGCCAUCCCACGGUCCCGGUGCACUUCAAACCCCAGGGACCAGCACUGCGUUCCAGGCACAACUAUGGACAGCAGCCAGUCAGCUCUGGAGCUCUCUUACAGGAUUCCAAAUAAUUUGACUGUCAUGGUUUUUGUCUUCUCUGACUUGGUGUUGUUUGUCCCCGUAAAUCAAACAAGACAACUGCUUAUUUAUUUUUGCUACAAGGAAUUUGACUAAAUAAAAGUGGGUAUUUUGUUUCUUCUCCAUACAUGGUAGAAAUGUGACAACAUUUUUAAUCUUGUACAGUUAGACAUCAAAGGGAAGGAAAUAAAGAAUAAAUCACAUGUUUGCCGCUAAAUGUAAAAAGUAAGUCCCUUCUGUGUAUGCGCAAGUCUAUAAAAUGAGAAAAAGAAGUUUGAAAUGUGACCGGUUCAUUUGUAAGCAGAUGUGUUAUAUGCCACUGAUUUAAGCCAGUCGAGCAAAGAAACUGUACACCGCAGAACACUCAAGAACUAUAUAUCUGCUGCUGUUUGAAUCAGGAGAAGAUUUUCCAUGCAUUGCAACUCAUUGGACACAGAAAUAAAAAGUUGUUUAUGAAGACCCUGUUCUUCAAACAAGCCCUCAAUCUGCAGCAACACCAGCCAACACGACUUCAGGUCCAGCGAAGCAAACUGCAAAUCGGCUGUGAAUGUGUGCGCAAACACACGCAGAGAACACAGUACACCCUCUCAUGCAUGCAUGAUUAGAUGCACGCAUAGCCAGCUAGUACAUUUCCAUUUGCACAAAAGCACUGAAUAAGUGAAGCGUCAUGGAAGCUGCAUCCGUUACAAUUGUAUUCAAAUGUACUACCUUAAACUGUAUGAGUUGAGAUUUCAUGCCACACAUGAUUUUUCAUAAAGUGAGUUACUGUGCAUAUGUUUUUUAUUGUACAUGCAGUACUCUCUGUUAGGACAGAUAUAAAUGUUAGAUGGCUGUUUUUUUUUUUCAGUAAAAAUCAUUUGACAUAAAUUUUUUAUUUUUAAAUUACCUCUGAAAACUUCAUUUAUUGCCAUGUUUAAAGACAAACUGACUUUGUACUCUUAUAAGUCUUCUCACAUACACAUAAAACAAAUAA